GAUUUGUACCAUCGCGUUGGUAUUGCGAGUCAGCCUUAAAUAACGUUCAAGCAACGCCAUUUUGCUGGUAGUCUUGUAGAGCGUGGUGUCGAGUGAGCGUUUACUGUCAAUUACAAUUAAUUUUGUAAUUUUUUCUAAUUCCUGGUGUAGUACUGAGAACUUAUUAGAGUCAUGUCGAAGGAUAGCGGAGAUCAUGACGACGACGGCUUUGUUGUCAAAUUACGUGGACUUCCAUGGUCCACCACAGUUGACGAAAUUAUGAAAUUCUUCGGGGACUGUAAUAUUUUGAAUGGGAAAAAUGGAGUUCACAUGACUAUGUCGCGAGAAGGCCGCCCUAGCGGAGAGGCUUACGUAGAAAUGGACACACCUGAGGAUAUCCAAAAGGCUUGCAAGAGGGAUAGAGAUCACAUGGGUCAUCGUUACAUAGAAGUCUUUAAAGCAAAAAGGGGUGAAAUGGAGUGGGUAGUCAAGAGAAGUGGUUUAAACUUAGAAAAUGCUAUGGACGAUGGUUGUGUGAGAUUGCGUGGCCUGCCGUUCGGAUGUUCCAAAGAAGAAAUAGCACAGUUCUUCUCAGGGUUGGAGAUAUUGCCGAACGGGAUUUCACUACCGACAGACUACACGGGCCGCAGUACUGGGGAGGCUUACGUUCAAUUUGUUAACAAAGAUGUUGCGGAGCGCGCUCUGCAGAAACACAAGGAAAAGAUAGGACACAGGUACAUCGAAAUCUUCCGAAGCAGUUUGUCCGAAGUACACGGUAGUAUCGGGCCAAAAAUGAGAGGUGGGCCAAUGGGUGGCUUUAAUCAAAGACCAGCUCCCUAUGAUCGGGGUGCUCGUUUCGGCGGGAUGAACCGUUUCAGUAAUAACGGUAGAGGUUCUAGAAACAGAGAUUUUGACGGUGGUCCCUGGGGAAGUGGUAACAACUUCGAUUCACGUGGAGGCAGCAUGGGUAUGCGCGGUGGCAUGGACAUGAAGGGUGGAAACUUCAGAGGCAGCGGUGACACGUGGGGUGGCAAUUCCGGCAUUCAUAGUAUUCACAUGCGCGGAUUGCCAUUCAAAGCUACGGAACAAGAUAUCGCUGACUUCUUUAGACCUAUCGAACCGGUGAAUGUUCGAAUCAUUCUCGAGAAUGGUGGUCGUCCUUCUGGAGAAGCAGACGUAGAAUUUGCUACCCACGAGGAGGCUGUUAAAGCCAUGUCUAAGGAUAAGAGUCACAUGUCCCAUAGGUAUAUCGAAUUAUUCCUUAAUUCAACUGGUGGCGGUGGUGGUGGCGGCGGUGGUUCAAGCGGUGGAAUGUCAUUGGGUGGUAUUGGAAAUUUCUGCGGAGGUCUAGGUAAUAACUUCAGGCCAGGAUACUCUCCAAACAGAGGUUUCAGCACUCAGCUAGGGGGAAAUAAUUAUAAUAGUUUUUGAGGCCGGAUGUCGCGUUUCUUACGCUAUCGACGAUAAAGUGUUUCGUGAAUCAAAUUUUUAUCACAAUGACUUAUAUAGUUGCAAUGAAGUUUCAUUUUUAUUUUGUAUCUAAUUAGAAAUUGGUUGAUACCACUUCUACGCUACGAUUUAUUAAGCGCAUAUAUAAUUAAACAGAACAUAUAAUUUAUGUUUCAGUUCUGAUAAUGCUUGAAGUGUUAUCGUUAAAGGUUUGAUUAAUUCAUUCGUUCCAAAAGAGAAAACUGGAAUCGUCGCGAUUAUCGUAUUUCAUUUUGUUUUCGUUUCCAUUUUAUUCUUGCAAAAACUUUGAAUGUUCAUAUGAAAUUACGAAUAAUUUUCUAACGCAUUGGAAUGACAUACAUUUCAGUAGUGUAAACAACUACGUAAAAGACAAUUUAUAUUUUUAAAAUUUAUUAGAAUAAUUCAGCUUUACCAUAUAAAAGUCUUAUAAAAAUUAUUCAAUUUUUGACCUCUUCUUUUCUUUUUUAUACAUACCGCUUCGAUGCAUUGUACAUCUGCUAUUUCAUUAAAACCUCACAAGAAGUGUUCCAAAUUUCAACGAUAAAGUAAGCAUACUUAUAAAUUAUGUAGCAACAGCUUCGACAAGUUAUUGGCAGAUCUAGGAAUAAUGCGAUUUCAUUCGUUCGGUCUGUAGUUUAUAGCGAGCGCAAACAAUCGUCAACAAUCACUUCAUACUGUAACAUAUUUAUCUGAAUAAUAAUUCACAGUUAUAUUUA